AAAAAGAGAAAAAAAAAAAAAAAAACGAAGAAAAUGGCGUCCCUCUCUGCCCAAAUCCCUCUCUGCUUGGCCUUAAUGAUGGCUGCCUGUUUGAUGAUAGGCAUCAAUGGAAGCAUAGAUGGAGCUCAGAGGGAGUUCGAUUACUUUGCUUUGUCUCUUCAAUGGCCCGGCACCAUCUGCCACAAGACUCGCCAUUGCUGCUCCUCCAAUGCCUGCUGCCGAGGCUCAAACUCUCCAACUGAAUUUACCAUUCAUGGUUUGUGGCCGGAUUAUAAUGAUGGAACCUGGCCCUCCUGUUGUUACCGAUCUCAGUUUGAUGUCAAAGAGAUUUCAACAUUGCUUGAUGCACUUGAGAAGUACUGGCCAUCGUUAUAUUGUGGCAAAUCAUCAACUUGCUUCAGUGGAAAAGGGUUAUUUUGGGCUCAUGAGUGGGAGAAGCAUGGAACUUGCUCAUCUCCGGUUAUUCGAGAUGAAUACAGCUACUUUAUAACAACCCUCAAUGUUUACUUCAAAUAUAAUGUCACGAAAAUACUGAAUGAAGCUGGAUAUGUUCCUUCUAAUAGUGAAAGGUAUCCUCUUGGAGGCAUUGUCUCUGCCAUUGAGAAUUCUUUCCGGGCAACACCAGAAGUGAUUUGCUCAAAAGAAGCCGUGGAGGAAAUUCGUUUAUGCUUCUUUAAGGAUUUCAAGCCUCGGAACUGUUUGGCUUCAAAGACCUCAUGUCCCAAGUAUGUGAGCUUGCCAGCCUAUGUGUCGAUGGGAAGGGAAGCAUCGGAAUCUGAGAUGGCAUAGAUCUUAUGCUGCAUUUUACGUGGCUGUAUCAGGGUUCCUCCAUCAAACUCUUCACCUUGUUUCAUUUAA